AUGGAGCCGUCACGCAGGAGGGUUCCCGCUCGUCCCCCUCUCUCCCAUUUCCUCCUCCCCUUUCCCUUCCUCCCGCUGCUCCCUCCCCAACACACCACUCUCCUCUUCCCCUCUCCACCCCCAUUUUUUGUCCCCCUUCUUUCCAUCACCACAUCUCCACUGCUUUCCCUCCAAACCCCCUCCUGCUGUUUUCCCCCACAACCAGCAUCGGAUGGCAGGAAGCAGCGGUAUAGAAAGGCACCGGGCAAGCUGGCAGCAGUGGCGGCACCUUCCUCAUCGGAUGGCAGGAAGCAGCGGUAUAGGGAGGCACCCGGCAAGCUGGCGGCAGCAGUGGCGGCGUUUAACGAGGCGCAGCCGCCCCUGAGUGCAGUGGUGACCCUGGGCGAUAUAGUGGACGGCAGGGACACGGAGGAGGCCACUGUGGAGGACUUUAGAGUCGUGCUGGGGGAACUGGCCAAGCUGCACGUCUCUCCAGUGCAUCACGCUAUUGGCAACCACUGCCUCUACGUGCCGCGCUGCACUCUCCUGUCCAGCCUGCAUCUCGCCUCCCCUUACUACUCCACCACUCUCCCCAACCACUGGAAACUCCUCGUGCUCGACUCCAUGGACGUCAGUCUCAAGUGGCCCUGCGACUCUGAGAACUAUCAGGCAGCAGAGGCGUUUCUGGAGGCGCGGAGGGCGGAGGGGCAGGAAGGGGGUCACCUUGUGCCGUGGAAUGGCGCAGUGGGGCGCGCACAGAUGGAGUGGCUGCUGCAGGAGCUGAGACUCGCAGAGGAGCAUGGAGAGAGGGUGGUGGUGGCACUGCAUCACCCCGUUGCAGUGGGCUCAGCUCCCGAUGACCUGCUAGCGUGGAACCACCAAGAGAUCUGUGACGUGCUGGUCAACUCCCCGCCAGUCGCCCUCGUGCUAGCAGGCCGCUACCAUCCGGGCGGCUAUGUGUGCAUGGGCGGCAACUCACAAACCAUCCCUCUCAGCACAUCUGCUCCUCUCUCAGUCCACUCAUCCCCUCUCUGCCUUCUUCCCUCUGUUCGCUUAACCUUACUGCCCUCCAUGGCCACUACCAUCCGGGCAGCAAUGUGUGCAUGGGCACUACCAUCCGCGCAGCAAUGUGUGCAUGGGCACUACCAUCCGGGCAGCAAUGUGUGCAUGGCCACUACCAUCCGGGCAGCAAUGUGUGCAUGGGCACUACCAUCCGGGCAGCAAUGUGUGCAUGGCCACUACCAUCCGGGCAGCAAUGUGUGCAUGGGCACUACCAUCCGGGCAGCAAUGUGUGCAUGGCCACUACCAUCCGGGCAGCAAUGUGUGCAUGGGCACUACCAUCCGGGCAGCAAUGUGUGCAUGGGCACUACCAUCCGGGCAGCAAUGUGUGCAUGGCCACUACCAUCCGGGCAGCAAUGUGUGCAUGGCCACUACCAUCCGGGCAGCAAUGUGUGCAUGGCCACUACCAUCCGGGCAGCAAUGUGUGCAUGGCCACUACCAUCCGGGCAGCAAUGUGUGCAUGGGCACUACCAUCCGGGCAGCAAUGUGUGCAUGGCCACUACCAUCCGGGCAGCAAUGUGUGCAUGGCCACUACCAUCCGGGCAGCAAUGUGUGCAUGGGCACUACCAUCCGGGCAGCAAUGUGUGCAUGGCCACUACCAUCCGGGCAGCAAUGUGUGCAUGGCCACUACCAUCCGGGCAGCAAUGUGUGCAUGGCCACUACCAUCCGGGCAGCAAUGUGUGCAUGGCCACUACCAUCCGGGCAGCAAUGUGUGCAUGGGCACUACCAUCCGGGCAGCAAUGUGUGCAUGGCCACUACCAUCCGGGCAGCAAUGUGUGCAUGGCCACUACCAUCCGGGCAGCAAUGUGUGCAUGGCCACUACCAUCCGGGCAGCAAUGUGUGCAUGGCCACUACCAUCCGGGCAGCAAUGUGUGCAUGGCCACUACCAUCCGGGCAGCAAUGUGUGCAUGGCCACUACCAUCCGGGCAGCAAUGUGUGCAUGGCCACUACCAUCCGGGCAGCAAUGUGUGCAUGGCCACUACCAUCCGGGCAGCAAUGUGUGCAUGGCCACUACCAUCCGGGCAGCAAUGUGUGCAUGGCCACUACCAUCCGGGCAGCAAUGUGUGCAUGGCCACUACCAUCCGGGCAGCAAUGUGUGCAUGGGCACUACCAUCCGGGCAGCAAUGUGUGCAUGGCCACUACCAUCCGGGCAGCAAUGCCACUACCACCCGGGCGGCUAUGUGUGCAUGCGCGGCAAGCACUUUCUCACUCUCGACCGCUCCCCUCCUCCCGUUAACCUCAUCUGCUCCCACUUUCAGUGCACUCUCUUCCUUCCUUUCCUCUCUUGCUCCCUCUCCCCGGCUGCUCCCCACAGGCCACUACCAUCCGGGUGGCUAUGUGUGCAUGCGCGGCAAGCACUUUCUCACUCUCGAAGCCAUUCUGGAGGCGCCAGAGGGCUCGGAAGCGCAUGGGAUCAUGGAUGUGUAUGGUGACCGCAUCGAGCUGAGGGGAUCUGGGUUUGUCAAGUCGAGAGUGUUCCGAUUGGACCAGGAGGGGGAUGGGAGAGAUGGUGUAGAGAAUGAGUCUGAAGAUGACUGUAAGGUGGUGGUAGCUGAUACGGUUAAGGAUGUGGUAUGA